AGAUUCUCUUGGAAUUCACUUUUAUCUGCUUUCCGGUUUAGUCCUGAUUUUGGCUAGGAGAUUCUUACAAAAAAAUAUAUUUUAUACGACUUCUGAUAUAUGAUUCUCGAUUCAUAUUAUAAUAUAGACAUUUCCAGUUAGAUUAAGUAAUAGGGGUAUUAUAUUUCAUAUAAAACAUUACAUUAAAUGCCCUAUUCCAUGUAUUUAUAUACACGACCAGAUCAAGACCACAUACGCAAUAUAGUUGCAGUUUCCAUUUCUCAAAGUUCAAAAGUUUAUCGUCUCUCUCUCUCUCUCUCUCUCUCUCUCCGAAUAACACCAUGGCUCGAGCACACGAACAGGGAACCGGUGCUGUUCACGGCUUCCGGUUCUCCACGGUGGGUUCGCCCCGACCGACUGCACCUGGUACAACCCACGAACCGACCGGUUUAGACCUCGCCAUGAAGCUACACUACCUUAAAGUCGCAUACGUUUUCUCGGCCGAAACGGCGAGUGAGAUCGACGUGAAGAAGGUGAAGGAGGGCAUGUUCGUUUUGUUCGAACAGAUCUCCUGGACCACUGGAAGAUUCCGCCGCCACGUAUCGGGACGUCCGUACAUCAAGUGCAACGACUGUGGCACUCGGUUCGUGGAGGGAAACUGCGACUUCACCGUGGAGGAGUGGCUCCGUAAACCGGACCGGUCCGAUGAUGAGCUCCUGGUAUACCAUAAACCGGUUGGACCAGAGUUGUCUUUCUCUCCUUUGAUCUAUGUUCAGAUGACCCGGUUUAAGUGCGGUGGCCUAUCAUUGGGCCUGAGUUGGGCCCAUAUCCUCGGAGAUCCGUUUUCGCUCUCUUAUUCGUUCAAUCAGUGGGCCCAUGCUUUAGCGGGUAAGAAGGUCUCAAUACCCUCCAACAGACUGAGCCCGAAUUCUGGCCCAGGCCCAGAUCCGAAACCGGUACGAAAAGAUCCGGUUUUCAUCAAGCGGGUCGACCCGGUUGGAGAUCUCUGGGUCACUCCCAACAACAAGAAAAUGGCGUCAUUCACUUUCAUCCUAACCGUUUCUCAGAUUUCGACAUUUUUUCCGGAGAAAAUAUCGAUAGCUAACGACGGCGAUCAGAUUCCAGUUUUCGAGACUCUGUGUGGGAUCGUAUUGAAGUGUGUGGCGAAAGUUCGGGAAGAAUCAGAGCCGGUGACUACGAUCACGGUCGUCAGGAAGGAUGCGAAGGGGCUGAAACCUAGGUCGGUGAGCAACGAUCAGAUGAUAUGCUCGGUCCAGGUGGAUUUUCCGGUGGCCGAUGCAGCUCUGCAGGAAUUAGUGAGACGUAUCGUUGAAGGAACAGAUGUAAGGUCUGAGAUCGAUGAAAUCGUUGAAAGUGACGAUGGGGUUUUGGAUUUCGUUGUGUACGGAGCGAGAUUGACGUUUGUGGAUCUGAGCGAAGUCGAUUUCCACGGGGUGAGGUUGAUGGGGAAUCCGCCGAAAUCGGUGUAUUGCGGGAUUCAGGGGGUAGGAGACGCCGGAGCGGUGGUGGUGUUGCCGGCGGCUACGGCGGAGGGGAGGGUAGUGACGGUGACGUUGCCGGAGGAAGAGGUCGAGAGGGUAAAAUCGGAAUUAAAUAAAUGCGGCAUGUUCCCGCCGGAAAACAGCCGCGAAUGAGCCACGUCAGCGAUUUUUUUUUUCGAGUACUUGAAUUUAAAUAAAAAGUUGGCGUACAACGGGAUACAA